CUCAUGGAAACUUACCUUCCAACAGUUACUUAGGCCGAUUAGGAACCUCUCUCUCUACUCUUCCUUCCUUCCGGUAGAAAUAUGCAAGCAACAAUGCUGAAGGCUCGGUUGCCUCACUCAGGGAUGACUACUGUUUGGCCACUCUUGGUCCUGCACAAGUCCUUCAUUUCAGGGCAUGGUAGUGUAAGGCUCCUCCCCAUGGGUCCACGAGCAGCUCUCCGUGGAAAACGGAAGAGCUGUUCCAUUAAGGCAAUUACUAAAGAAAAUAGUGCGAUUGAUACGAGGACCGUUAAUAUCAAACGCAGUGAUUACCCAGAGGAUUUCUUCUUUGGAGUGGCAUCAUCUGCUUAUCAGUAUGAAGGGGCAGCAAGGGAAGGUGGUAAGGGUGAAAGCAACUGGGAUCAUUUCACUCGUGUACAUCCAGAUAAGAUAAAGGAUGGCUCGAAUGCAAAUGUGACCGUAGAUUCUUAUCAUCGAUACAAGGAACAUGUGGCUUUGAUGAAAGAUAUGGGUCUCAAUUCUUAUAGAUUCUCGAUUGCAUGGACUAGAAUAUUACCAACUGGAAAGCUAAGUGGAGGAGUGAACGAGGAAGGCAUCCAAUAUUACAACAACCUCAUCAAUGAGCUUAUAUCCCAAGGGAUUCAGCCCUUCGUGACUCUUUUUCACUGGGAUGUUCCUCAAACCCUCGAAGAUGAGUAUGGUGGUUUCUUGAAUUCUAAAAUUGUUGACGAUUUUCUGGACUACAUAGACAUCUGCUACGAUCGAUUUGGUGACCGUGUGAAGCAUUGGAUCACCUUGAACGAGCCAUUAACUUUCACUGUGGAAGGAUAUGUUAAUGCUCUCUUCCCUCCAGGCGCUAUAGAGGAUCUUUCGAUAAACCCAUAUCUAGUGGCGCACAACUCGCUCCUUGCUCAUGCAGCUGCGGUGCAUCUCUACAGGACCAAAUAUCAGUCCCAAGGAGGCAAGGUUGGAAUUUCGUUGAAUUGUAUGCAUAUGGUUCCUUUCUCCGAUACAUACGCCGACAUUGAAGCUGCUCAGAGAGCUAGUGAUUUCGCAUUUGCUUGGUUCAUGAAUCCAAUAACCUUUGGACGGUAUCCAGAGAGUAUGCGACAUCUUGUGAGAGGGCGGCUUCCAAACUUUUCUGAGGAGGAAUCUAAAAUGUUGGAAGGAUCAUACGAUUUCCUUGGAUUAAACUAUUAUACUGCAAAGUAUGUUAUUGAUGCCCCUUCCACUCAUGUGGGUAGUUAUGCCACCGAUGGUUGCUACAAAAUCUUGAGUCGUGUGGAAGGAAUCCCAAUUGGUGAACUGACUGCUUCAGAAUGGCUCCAUAUUUAUCCACAAGGGAUGCAUGAUGUUCUACUUAGCAUAAAGGAGAAAUAUAAUGACCCUGUUAUUUAUAUUUCUGAGAAUGGAAUUUCUGAUCACAACUCAUUGUCGAAGGAGGAAUCUUGCCGAGAUGACAAAAGAGUAAAAGCCCUCCAGGACCAUCUAUCUUACGUUAAAGCUGCCAUGGAUGUUGGUGCAGAUGUGAAAGGAUUCUUUGUGUGGUCUUUGCUGGAUAACUUUGAAUGGAAUGUUGGCUUCACGGCUCGUUUCGGUAUUCACUACAUAGACUUCAAUGAUGCAGACCUGAAGCCAUAUCCAAAGGAUUCAGCCAUUUGGUUUAAAAAGUUCCUCACAGAAUAAUAAAGAGAGAAUAUUGGUCUUCCUUUAAUUUAUAUCGUUUGUAACAAACUAAGGGUAUCUUUGGUAUGGUUUUUAAUUCUACUUCGGUCCUAUUUAUGAGAACAAUUUAUGAACCAGAAAUAAAAUAAUUUGGUAAUUAGUACAAAUAAUGGAUAAUAGAAGGUUUGGAUA